AUGGGUGAGGACAAUCACGAGAAAGUAAAGAUAAUUGAUGAGGACAAUCACGAGAACGAAAAGACAAUUAAUGAGGACAAUCACGAGAACGAAAAGACAAUUGAUGAGGACAAUCACGAGAACGAAAAGAUAAUCGAUGAGGACAAUCACGAGAACGAAAAGAUAAUCGAUGAGGACAAUCACGAGAACGAAAAGAUAAUCGAUGAGGACAAUCACGAGAACGAAAAGACAAUUGAUGAGGACAAUCACGAGAACGAAAAGACAAUCGAUGAGGACAAUCACGAGAACGAAAAGACAAUUAAUGAGGACAAUCACGAGAACGAAAAGACAAUCGAUGAGGACAAUCACGAGAACGAAAAGACAAUCGAUGAGGACAAUCACGAGAACGAAAAGACAAUUAAUGAGGACAAUCACGAGAACGAAAAGAUAAUCGAUGAGGACAAUCACGAGAACGAAAAGACAAUCGAUGAGGACAAUCACGAGAACGAAAAGACAAUCGAUGAGGACAAGAAUUGUCAACUAAUUGUGAGAUUCGAGUUAUACCCCAAACUUACAUUACUGAAGCAAGCAGAUAAAUCUAAAUCGUCAGACCAUGAAUCUAAUUCCGCUGCAGAGGAAGUGGAGGCUCCAGAUUUCUCUCCCAAACCUGCUCAAACAUCAGUUAAAACAAUUUCGAUUAUCCCAUCCUUUCUCAAUUGUAAAAAUGAUAAUGAUAAGUCCCCCAAAAAAAAGAGCGAUCGGCUUUACCUUCGAUAUUCAAAGCACACUCCAUUUCUUAAAUAUAUGAAGUUGAUUAGAGAUCUAGAUGUACAUCAAGCACUUCCUCUUGUUCAAAAUGAUAUUGUCUUUUUGGAUGGAAACAUUGCAAUAACCAAAAAGGCUGAUUCUGAUGAAAAAAAAGAGAAGAAGUACUUUAUUAUUUGUACUGAUGAUACAAUUGAAAGAGUGUCUUCAUCAAGAUUGAUAGAAGCAUAUCGUCCUAAAGAUAAGAAUCUCUAGGUAAUUUGCUCGAAAUGAC